GAGGAGAACCGAACUGAGAGAGACGGAGCCAGGGGGAACCGAACCGAGACAGAACCGAACUGAGAGACAGAGCCAGGGGGGAACCGAACCGAGACAGAACCGAACUGAAAGAGACAGAGCCAGGGGGAACCCAACCGAGACAGAACUGAACUGAGAGACAGAGCCAGGGGGGAACCCAACCGAGACAGAACCGAACUGAGAGAGACAGAGCCAGGGGGGAACCGAACUGAGAGAGACGGAGCCGCGGGGGGAACCCAACCGAGACAGAACUGAACUGAGAGACAGAGCCAGGGGGAACCGAACCGAGACAGAACCGAACUGAGAGAGACGGAGCCGGUGGGGGAACCGAACCGAGACAGAACCGAACUGAGAGAGACAGAGCCAGGGGGGAACCCAACCGAGACAGAACCGAACUGAGAGAGACAGAGCCAGGGGGGAACCCAACCGAGACAGAACCGAACUGAGAGAGACAGAGCCAGGGGGGAACCCAACCGAGGCAGAACCGAACUGAGAGAGACAGAGCCAGGGGGGAACCGAACUGAGAGAGACAGAGCCAGGGGGGAACCCAACCGAGACAGAACCGAACUGAGAGAGACAGAGCCAGGGGGGAACCCAACUGAGACGGGGACGGGGGGGACUGAGUGGGGGAAGCCGAACUGAGAGAGACCCAAGGGGGGGUGGGGACAGACAGAGCUGAGGGAGGACGAGACGGGUGACAGACACAUCAGACACCGGUCUAGGACCUGACGGGCAGAUAUGACCAACUGAGAAAAUCCAAGUGUCCUGGAGACCGAGGGAGAAACACGGCGACUACUAGAGCGUGGCGACCGGAAGUGACUGCAUCGGAUGAAUGAUCGUCCAUGAUCCUGUCGUGGAUUCCUUGUAAGGGCGAGCCAUGCCGGUGCCAGGAGAUGACAUGGCUGACGCUUUGAUGACCCGAACGCCUAUCCCAGUGCCUGCACAUUUCAGUCAAGCAGAGCAGAGCUUCUCCCACAAAAAGAGGGGGCGAGCCCUCUGCUACACCCUGCCCCCACGGCCCCCGGUGAAGAGUAUCCCUCCCCUCAGCCGUAUCUUUCCUAACAAGCAGCGGUCCUGGAGCCAGCCUCGCCCCCAGAGCGUGUCCUUCCAGAGCCCCCGCCACAAGCAGCCGGUCAGCCACCUGUACGACCACAGCAAGGAGGAGACCUUAUUCAAGCAGUGCUUCCAGAUCGUCUGCAAGCUGGGGAGGGGCUCCUUCGGGGAGGUGUAUAAGGUGCGGAGUCGUGAGGAUGGCGCUGUGUACGCAGUGAAGCGAUCAGUUUCCCCGUUCCGGGGAGAAUCGGACCGUCUCCGCAAACUCCAGGAGGUGAGGAAACAUGAGCGUGUUGGGGAGCACCCCAACUGCCUGCGAUUGAUCCGCGCCUGGGAGGAGAAGCGCAUGCUGUACCUGCAGACGGAGCUGUGCGUGUGCAGCCUGCAGCAGCGUUCGGAGGAGCUGGGCGAGCCUCUGCCUCCACCUCAAAUCUGGAAUGUAACCUGUGACCUCCUUCGAGGUCUUAAACAUCUCCAUGACCGCAACCUGCUGCACUUGGACAUCAAGCCCGCCAAUGUGUUCAUCGCCUACUCCGGGGUCUACAAGCUGGGGGACUUUGGUCUGAUGGUGGAGCUGGAUGGAGCAGAAGGGAGUGGGGAGGCCCAGGAGGGAGACCCUCGUUAUAUGGCUCCAGAGCUUCUGGACGGGGUGUUCACGAAGGCUGCAGAUGUGUUCAGCCUCGGGAUGACGCUGCUUGAAGUGGCUUGUAACAUGGAGGUCCCAAAGGGUGGGGAAGGCUGGCAGCAGCUGCGGCAGGGUCACCUCCCCAUAGAGUUCACGUCAGACCUGCCCCCAGAUUUCCUGAAGGUGCUGUCUGGGAUGUUGGAGCCGGAUUAUCGACGUCGGGCUACUGUGGACUGGCUGCUGUCUCUUCCUGCUGUCCAGAGGGCUGAGGGGUGGCGGAAAGUGACCCUAACGACCAGAGGCGUCCUCACUCGGGGGGUGGCCGUAUUGCAGUUUCUCCUGUGGCUCAUCACCGUGGUCUUCUGCGCCCUGAGGCGUCCAGUGAGGCGGCUUUUACGCUGGAACGUUAUUCUGGACUCUCCACCGUCUUCUCCAUCCCAAAAUCGAUGCUUAGAAAGCAGCUUUUCCAGUGACUGGGAGGAUGAAAGUUUUGGGGAUGAUGUAUUUGAGGUGCCUCCAAGUCCCCUGGGCUACCCCAGGAAUAUCACCUACCAUGCUCAGGAAUUCCCCCUCAGUUGCAGACAUUCUCCAGAUCUGUUGUCGCGGCCGUCUCUGGGCAGCACGUCCACACCCCGCAAUCUGUCUCCUGACUACAACCUGCGGCAGAGGUCGGCGCUGCCUCCGACACCGAACGUGAGCCGGAUCAGCCAGGACUCCCCGUGCAGUGUGAAGUCGAUGAGCCCAGACAGCAGCGGCAGUUCUUCAGGCUUUGUGGACGCUGAGGCACCUCGCUCUUUUCUACCUCGAAACCUCCUUAGUAUUUUUGAUGAGGCGUCUGAGCAGUAGACCUCUUUAUUUUCUGAGAAGGAACGUGCUGGUCCGUAGGAUCAGCGGUUCUGGGAGGUGCCCAGACUCCUUUGGAUGUUAGACAUUAAUAAAGGGGCAUCUGCACUACUGUUUUUGGGUGAUGACCCCAUAGACCCAGGGAAGGCGUGCCGUGUACGGUCCGGCCAUCGGCCUUAUUGCUGGAUGUGACGUGGUGUCUUCUGUGUGGAGAAGGUGGAGGGUUCAUUAAAGAUCAUUCCGGUGCCUUUCUGUUCUUCGGUGUAGAGGAUUUGAUGCAGCGCUUUCCUGGAGGAGGCGGCGGCGGCGGCACCUGGUAGUGUGCCUCCUUUCUCUGCGGCAGAGGCACACGGAGUCUGGUGUCGGUUUAUCUAAAUGACGGUGCAGACAAGUUUUCAGAAAAGGUUUAUUAUUGCAUUAGUAAUACUGGCCUCGUGCAAAGCCCCGUCUGUCUGCUCCAGCCACCCCAGGAGGAGCAGCUAAAGGCUCAAUAGUCUAGACGAGGUGUAAGGCAACUAUUCCUCCUGGCACUCGAGAAGUGGGAACUACAGCCUCAUCUCAUGCUAUCUCAUACUCGCUGGGGGGUCUAAAGAAACGGCUGUCCUGUAAGAAUGACUUCUAGCGCUCUGUCUGGACACUUGGGGCAGGGGGGGUGGUGGUGUCGGUGCCCUCACAACUCUUCCCCUUCAUGAUAUCAGUGAAUGAAAUGUUAUUAAACUUUCUCUACACCAGAA